AUGAAAUCCAAAGUACUACUCUGGCCAAAACGGCCGAGUCCUCUUCUCUAUCAACUCAUCCAACCACCAACGUAUGCUUCGUCCAGUACAGCUCACCAUGUCCAUUUUCCUCCACCAUCCGGUCCGAAGACACCCCCUCCGUUGUCGGCAUUACCGACACGGACGUUCCUACGUUCUCUGCUGUUUACGUCGGUGAUGGCGUCGCCGCUGCUGAGGCCUUGUCUCUCGGUGUUGAAGUAUAUGGUUGAUUCGCAGUCUGUUUUGUUUAGUCCCGGGAGGAACCCGGUGGUGAAUUAUCUGCUUAGGAGAACGAUUUACGAUCAUUUCUGCGCGGGGAUUAAUGAGACGGAGGUGAGGAAUACAGUGCAGGAGAUGAGGACGUUGGGGUUCAAGGGGGUGAUAUUGGGAUAUGCGAGGGAGUCGAUUGCCAAGGUGGAGGAUAUUGAUCAGACUCAGUCUGCGGAAGCGAAGCAGGAGGUUUUGGAUCGGGCGGUGGAUGAAUGGAAGCAGGGUACUUUGCGCACGUUGAAGAUGUCGGGGAAGGGGAAUUACUUGGCCGUUAAAUUCACCGGAGCUGGUCCUGCUGCCGUUGAGGCCCUCUCGCGCGGUGACCCCGCCCCGCCUCCCCGGAUUCAAGAAGCUAUUACGGAAAUCUGCGAUGCCGUUGCGGCUCAAGGCUCACGGGUAUGGAUUGAUGCUGAGCAGCAAAUCUUCCAGUCUGCGAUUGAUGCGUGGGCGGUGGAUUUGAUGCGAAAGUAUAACCGGGAUAAUGCAGAUGCUCCUGUGGUGUUGAACACCUAUCAGGCGUAUUUGAAGUCGUCUACGGCCAAGUUGAAUGCGCAUCUCCAGCUUGCUCAGAAAGAGGGCUGGGCGAUGGGCGUUAAGCUGGUGAGGGGAGCGUACAUUGCGCAUGAUCAUCGGGACCGGAUUCAUGACACCAAGGCCGACACGGAUAGGAACUAUGACCAUAUUGUGGAGAGUCUGAUUACAAGACAGUAUCCGUUGGGUGGGGAGCCUGGACAGCCGUUUCCAAAGGUGCGUCUCUUCGUGGCGUCGCAUAAUGGGGAGAGUGUGCGGAAGGCGUGUGCGUUGUAUCGGCAGCGGGUGGUCAGCGGGCUGCCGUCCAUCCCGGUGGAGGUGGGCCAGCUGCAGGGCAUGGCGGAUGAAGUCAGCUUGGGCAUGGUGGCAGGGUCGGCCGAGGGGGAGGUGCCCGGAGUGUUCAAGUGUUUGGCGUGGGGAUCAACGGAGGAGUGUCUGCAUUUCUUGUUGCGGAGGGCUGUCGAGAACCAGUCGGCGAUGGAGCGGACCAGAGAUACGGCACGGGCGCUGCGGGAAGAGGCCUGGAGGAGACUGGGUGGAGGGGCUGUGCUGUGA